AUGGCCUCUUUCUACCUAAGGCAGAGGUCUGCCCAGUCAGACCUAGAGACUCCUGAAUCUGUAUCACUGAAUGACGUGUUCUGGGAGGAAGAAAUGGAGAGCGUAUGCAGCACCAAGAUGCCAUUACGGACACUGCCCUAUGCCAUAAUGGACAAACGGCUCAUCAGGAACCUCCGAGAGCCAGACGUGGUAAAGGCCUCUUUCUGGGAACAUUGGAAGAAGAAAUGGUGGCAAGUCCAUCAACAGCUCCUGGAUGUGGGCCUCAGGCUUUCAGGGACCUUUGGACUCUGGAAGCCUGACCUCUAUGAGAUUGGUGGGCUCUUUGGCACUGGGAUCCAAUCCUACUUCACCUUCCUGCGUUUCCUGCUGCUCCUCAACCUGCUCACCAUGCUACUAACCACCAGUUUAGUGCUGCUGCCUCUGGCCUGGCUCCAUUCUCCUGAUCCAGACCCAGCUCCCAACAUCUCAUACUAUUGUCCUACCAGCCAUGAGCCUCAGCCAAAUAUGAACCAGAUCCACUUACACUUGUGGGAUGUAUUCACUGGCAGGGCUUUCAUCAACACCUACCUUUUUUAUGGUGCCUAUCGAAUGGGGCCAGAGAGUGAUUCCCAGUACAGCGUUCGGUUGGCCUAUCUCCUCAGCCCACUAACCUGCCUGUUCCUCUGUUUCUGUGGGACUGUAAGACGCAUGGUGAAGGGGCUGCUCCAUAAGCAGUUGCUGAGCAAGGAUUACAGACCUCGACUCAGUGGCAAGCUCUUUGCCUCCUGGGAUUUCUGCAUCCGAAGCCGGGAAGCUGCUACCAUAAAGCAACACAGCAUCAGCAAUGAGUUCAAGAUAAAGCUCCAAGAAGAGCAGUACUCCCAUCAGAUGCAGCAGCAGUCUAGGAAGCAAAGGGUUCGACUGCUUCUUUCUUAUGUGGGACUCAAUAUGUUCAUUGGACUACUAGUGGUUGGAGGCAUCAGUGCCAUCUAUUGGGCCACCAAAUUCUCUCAGAACCACAAAGAUGAGUCCCUCUCUUUGCUGCUCCAGUACCUAUCCCCUGGAGUCAUUGCCCUUGUCAACAGUCUGGGACCCCUGGUGUUUGGAUUCCUGGUCCAACUGGAGAAGUAUUCCCCCAAUACUGAGAUCAAUCUCACCCUUUUCUGGUGCGUGGUUCUCAAGCUGUCUAGCUUGGGCAUGUUCCUUUUUUCACUGAGACAACAAGCAGUGCUGUGCAUUGACAGAAGUGAUCUUUCCAGCUGUGAGCCCCAUAACUAUAAACAAUGUGACCAGUGCUGGGAGACCUCAGUGGGUCAGGAGUUAUACAAGUUGAGCAUCUUUGACUUCUUUCUCAUGCUGGCUUUUGCCUUCCUGGUCACCUUGCCAAGAAGGCUGCUGGUGGAUCAUUUUUCAGGCCAGUUCUGGGUCUGGCUAGGCAGAGAAGAAUUUCUAGUGCCCAAGAAUGUGCUGGACAUUGUGGCUGGACAGACAGUCACCUGGAUGGGGAUUUUCUACUGCCCCCUACUGCCUCUGCUCAGCAGUAUUUUCACCUUCUUCACUUUUUAUGUCAAAAAGUACACUCUUUUCAGGAAUUGCAGGCCCUCCCCCCGCCUCUUCCAAGCCUCCAGUGCCACCUUCUUCUUCCAACUGGUCCUCUUGCUUGGUCUCCUAGUGGCAUCUGUGCCCCUACUAUAUGUCAUCAGCAGUAUCCCCUCCUCUAUAAACUGUGGACUCUUCUCUAACUACUCAGCACCCUGGCAAGUGGUUCCAGAGGCAGUGGCCAUUCAUCUCUCACCAUCAGCCCAGAAAGUUUUCUACUACCUUAGUUCCAAUGUCUUCUGGUACCCUAUCCUCAUCUUACUUAGCCUUACACUGACUGUGUGCAUCUCCCAAUCCUCUGCCAACAAAAGGGCCAUCAAGGGUCUUAGGAGGCAGCUGCUAUGGCAAGUACGGGAAAAAUGGCACUUGGUGGAGGACCUGUCACGACUUCUGCAAGAUUCAAGAGGGAAUGAUUCUUGGGGGCCUAGAUCUCCCAAUUCCCGAUCUUCCCGUCCCAGAUCCUUCUGCCCUGGGUUCCCUUGUCCUGGAUCUCCCAAGUCCAGAUCAUUCACGACAGGAUCCAUUCAUUCUCAGGAAUAUCAGGCUGUACUAAUUCCAUAUGGAGAGGAAGCCACUUGACAGGAAUGAGGAAUAUGAAAUCUGUAGGCUGGCCUGCAGAACUAGCUGCCUCUUCUUCACUACCCUUGAAAAGGGGACUUGCAAUGCAAGCACUGGGGCAUGGGGCUUGAGCGGCUAGUGACAGACUGCUGGAAACCAGUGCCAUGGAGAGCCUGAAGCAGAAAUGGAGACUAGAAUGUAAAGAAAAGAUCCAGAGUCCAAAAACUGGCUGUCAUUGUGCCUUCCCUUGGUUUGGAGAGCUGGAGGUUGAUUUCCUCUCACCAUUAUUCCCUGCUUUUUACUCUCCAUAAUCCAAAGACAAGAUCACAUGGAAGCACAUGGGCAUAAUGUGCACACAUGCACAUGCUUACAGACGCAAACACAUACACACAAAUCUCUUGCUUUGCCUUUCCAUAUUCCUUUUGUAGAUUCUAUGGCCAUGAACAAUUAAGGAAUUUUGCCUGCCAUCUUCAAAGAAUGGGGAGGACCAGUGGGAAAAGGUUGAUGAGAUGGCUUCAUAUGGGGCAUUUCUUUUGUCUUUUGUUUGUUUGUUUGUUGUAUUCAAUAAACUAUAU